AUGUCAAUUCCACCAGAUGCCCCUGAGCGCAUCAUGGCCGUGUUCAGGGGGACUAUUGUGGAAUCUCUUAAUCGGUUUCAUGAUGCGCUUCAGACAUCAAUAUAUGCCACAGCGAAAGAGAUUAGACGUGAUAUAAACAAACGAGUGGACUCGGAGGUUCCCGUAAUAUAUGGUUUCAAUCCAGAUAAUAAAUAUAGGAGGAACAUAGCCGGUCGCCAACUACGAACUACCACUGACUCACAACCAAACGAAAGUAUUUCGAGCACGUUUUUUAACACCCUCUUCGACCGGCCUUUCGAUGCUGAAACUCAACAGGCGGACAUAUUACCUCAGGCAACCUCCAACAGUGGCCCUAGUUCUAUAUCAGGGACACGUCUAACGCCACACAUCCGGCAUUAA